AUGGCUGCCGCGGUCUCAAGGGACAACCGCCCUUUCCAAGUUGUCGUUUGGGGCGCCACCGGUUACACGGGAAGGCUGAUGUGCGAACAGAUCGCGGCGGAAUACCCGGGGGCUUUCCGGUGGGGGAUGGCGGGCAGGAGCAGAGGAAAGCUGGAGGCCCUGCGCGCUGACCUGGAAAAGAUAGACGCGAGGUGCAAGGACGUCCCUUUGAUCAUCGCAGAUGCUGCCGAUCAGACAUCCAUCGAUAGCAUGGUUGGGCAGACAGACGUGAUUGCUGCUUGUGCCGGUCCAUUCUUCCUUUAUGGCGAAGGUGUCGUGGAUGCCUGUGUGCGUUUGGGAACACAAUAUUGCGACAUCACAGGGGAGACGCCCUGGGUCAGGGACCUCAUACGCAAAUAUCACGAUGCUGCAGUCGCCAAAGGCGUAAGAAUCGUGCCUUUCUGCGGACAGGACAGCGUCCCUUCAGACUUGGGGACAUGGUUUGUGGUCGAUCACAUAAAGAAGAAGCUCAACAGGAAGUGCGACAAGGUUGAUGCGGUGCUCAUGCGAAUGGAAGGGGGCUUUAGUGGCGGCACAAUUUCCACAGCCAUAAAGAUGACUGAGCAGCGCACACCAUCAGAAAUGGCCAAAUUACUUGCGGAUCCAUACCACCUGGACCCACCUGAUGGCAGGCGUGGCAGCGAUGGUCCAGACGCACUGAUGCCGGUCUACCACAAGGAGCUACGUGUCUGGUGCGGGCCCUUCCCAAUGGCGCCAGUCAACACACGGGUCGUGAGGCGAAGCAACGCUCUCUUGGGCCACGCCUACGGCGAUGAUUUCAAGUACUCAGAGCUUUGGAACAGGCACAACUGGCUGGGUGCCUUCUUGACGACGUUGGUGAUCGUGUCCAUAGUGUUGGUCGUGAGGUUCAAGUUUCUGCAGCAGUUGUUCGGAUGGUUCAUUCCCAAGCCGGGCGAGGGACCGUCUGAGGAAGACCAGAGGAAGGGGCAUUGGAAGUACUACAUGGUGGGCCUCACACAAGAGGAGCCAGGAGUGAAGCCAAAGGUUGUCAAGGCGAAAGUGGCGGAUCCUCACGAACCAUAUGUCAGCACUGCCCGCAUGGUCCUGGAGAGCGCGCUGUGCCUCGCACUCGAGCCAGACAAUCUGAAGAAGGCUGGCACCCUGGAGGGUGGCGUCCUGACACCCGCCACCGCGAUGGGACCUGUCCUUCUCCACAGGUUGCGCAAGAAGGGUUUCACAUUUGAAAUACUGGAAUCUGGGGCCAGCACGUGA